AUGAAUCAUGAUUUGGUUCCACGGGAUGCUGCGACAACAUCACAUUCCUCUUCCAUGCAGGAUGAUUGUGAUGUGGUUGGUUCCCUAUGGCCGCAAAUUCCCUUUCUCCAAUCCAAACCACGUGGGUUGCGGUGGCACAUGGCGCCCUCACUUUGCAUGAUUAAACUGAAUUACGCGGGUUUCAUCUUCUGUCUUCUGUUACCUUGUCGGUCCAAGAAGAAGAAGAAGAAGAAGAAGAAGAAGAAGAAGAAGAAGAAGAAGUCUUUCGCCUAUGGGAAAGUCGUCCUGGUUUAUAUAAUGAUGUUUCAUCUUGGAAAGCUUGGGCUCGUGUGCCAAAACCUGUGUCGGAUUGAGCACUUGUAUAUGCAAUUGCCGCUGGGAUAUACACCCUACGUUUCAGCGUCAUCGGUCCCGAGAUUAGGUUCCCUUAGCUGCAACAGCGGUAACCCUGUGUAA